CACACUCAUCACUCACACCCCCCUGCACACACUGGGACUGAGCAACAUGGCCAAAAGUAUCCAGACAGCCCUUCUAACGAGUGAUCUCAGCUACUUUCAGUGGGGUUACUGUUCGAAUACAGUGGUGUAUGCGUACACCCGACCCGAGAGGAUGGAGUACAGUGUGGUCUUCUGGGACACAAAAAACAACGAGAAGUUUGUGAAGUAUGUGAAGAGCCUGAUGUCGGUCACCACAUGCGGAGACUUCUGCAUCCUGGCCACCAAAGCCGAUGACUCCCACCCACAGGUGCGCAUACAUCUCCUGUUCUGCUGACGUUCUGCCAG